AUGCAGUCUUCACUGAACAAUUGGCUGAAGAAGCCAAGUCAGGACAGCCAACCUGGACAACCCCCAAAUGCUCCUCCAAUUGUGUCGCCAAGGACGAACCGACCGCCACCUCCCCCAAAGUCAGUUUCAGCGCCUACGCGCGUGCCCUCCAACACAACGCCUACGCCCUCAGCAAUGGAGAACUGGAAUGACAUACCUGACGACUUCCUCCAAGCCCCCUCAAGACCGCGGUCCAAGAAAAGCCCUCGUCCGUCUCGAGCAGUCACGCCUGCCAUCUCGCGCAUACCUUCGCCCAUUUCCCUCUCCCCUCAGCAACCCGCCAUUCCGCACCUCUUCGCCCUACGUCCUCUGCCGCCCAACGUCCAACUCGUACCCCUUUCCGAAGACUUGCUGCCAUCAUUCAAGCGCUUGAAUACCCUCACUCUCCCUAUAUCCUAUCCGGAGACCUUCUACAAAGAGACUAUGACGGAGCCACACCAUGGCAUUACCCUUGUGGCAGUGUGGCACUCUUCGCCUACCAAUGCCAGCUCGACAUCGCCUGCAGAGAAGCCAAACCUCGUUGGUGCCGUUCGAUGUCGCAUACUGCCUUCCUCGCAAUUAUACAUUUCUACCAUUGGUGUCCUGGCUCCCUACCGCACCCACGGCAUUGCCAUGCAUCUUCUACAGGCUGUAGUGAAGAAGGCCGUCGAGCUUCAUAGUGUGCGCUGUGUCACGGCGCACGUGUGGGAGGCCAACGAGGAAGGCAUGGAGUGGUACAAGAAGCGGAACUUCGAGAUACUCGAGAAAGAAGAGGGCUAUUAUAGAAAGCUGAGGCCGCAGGGUGCUUUCCUUGUCAGGAAAUGGAUUGGCACCACUAUCAAAACAACGACAAAAUCGACGGUAAAGCCCACCAAGACCACCACUGAAGAGGUUGGCCCGAGCAGCACCAGAUGCCCUGUCCCUCUCUACUACAAAUGUGGAGGCUGGGAUGGUGGUGUUCCUUGGGCUGGUUGCACAGUAUGUGUCAAGGGAGCAACCUGUGUGGUUCAGAAUGAAUGGUACUCCCAGUGUGUAGCAGACGACAGCCUUUUGAACGAGAGCCCUGUAGAGGAAGAGUAA